CCGCGUUUGUGAUCGUUGAAACAUGGCUGCCCCCUGUACAGGCUAGCAGUUUGUCCCUCCAAUUAAAAUAUUACUCAAACCUACAGUGUUUGUACGUUUGCUAAAUUCCGUGUGAAUACGUGUUCUUGAAACUGAAAUAAAGUGUCACUGAGUAGUAAGAUACUGACCUGCAUUAUGGACCUGUCUGAAGAAAAGACGGGCGCUGAAGCUCCCAGUGUCGUCGAUAUGACCACCAGUGAGAAGGUUGUGGAGCUUCUGAAUCAGGCUGCUCUUAUACCUGCAGAUGAGAAGCUGAUUGUGCUCAAACAGGUUCAGGAGCUAAUCAUCAAUAAAGAUCCGUCUCUUCUCGACAAUUUUUUGGACGAGAUGAUUGCAUUUCAGACUGACAAAUCAAUCGAAGUGAGGAAGUUUGUGAUUGGCUUCAUAGAGGAGGCUUGCAAAAGAGACAACGAGCUCCUCCUGAGACUGAUCGCCAACCUCAACAUGCUGCUGAAGGAUGACAGUGUGAACGUGGUGAAGAAAGCCAUCCUCACUCUCACGCAGCUCUACAAAGUUACUCUCCAGUGGCUGGUGCGCUCCAGAACCGGAUCUGACAUGCAGGAGGCAUGCUGGGAUCUGGUCACACAGAUGAAGGAGGAUGUUUUGGUCUUGCUGGACUCUGAGAACGACGGUGUUCGUACUCACGCCAUCAAAUUCACAGAAUCGCUAAUCAUCACUUUGUCGCCACGGACGUCUGAUUCCGACAUCCCAAAACGACAGGAGGGAGACAUCAGCCUGGACAAAGUUCCCAAAGAUCAUUCCUACAUCCGCUACGAUGUUUUGUGUGAGGAGGGAAAGAUUGCACUGGAUAAGCUGCUGAAGUUUAUGGUCCAUCCUGCUAUUUCUAGCAUCAACCUCACCACAGCGCUGGGUUCUCUGGCCACCAUCGCCCGUCAGAGGCCAAUGUUCAUGUCAAAGGUGGUGCAGGCUUAUGAGACACUGCAUGCAAACCUGCCGCCCACCCUGGCCAAGUCUCAGGUGAGCAGCGUGCGCAAGAACCUGAAGCUGCACCUGGUGGCCGUGCUGAAGCACCCCUGCAGCCUGGAGUUUCAGGGUCAGAUCAGCACGCUGCUGCUGGACCUGGGAAUGCCCCAGAGCGAAAUCACCCGCUCUACGCCUGCACCGCGCGAGCAGCGCAAACGGCCUCGCCACGAACCGUACACCGAAGGAAAGAAGGUCAAGAUGGAACCAAUUGAAGAUGACGAGGACAAAGAGGAGCCCGCCCCUCUCAUAGCGCCAAAGCCAGCAGCUGUUCCCGUCGCUCAGUCUGCCAUCGACCUCACCGCGGAGUUCCUGCACCCGCUGCUCAACCCUGAAAACGUAGCCAACCUGGUGCUCAUCAGCAUGGUCUACCUGCCCGAUGUCAUGCCGGCAUCCUUCCAGGCCACAUACACACCUGUAGAGUCAGCAGGCACUGACGCUCAGAUCAAACAUCUGGCCAGGCUGAUGGCCACACAGAUGACCGCCGCUGGAAUCGGUCCAGGACUGGAGCAGUGCAAAGCUAAAGAGGACAACGCCGGCAAAGAAGACGACGCCGACGACGACUCAGGCACUAAAGACCUCCUCAUCAAACGCAAAAUGCCGGCGUUGGUGUUCGGCCAGGCGAUCUCUGUGUUGGGCGGCUAUUCGGGAAACACUCCGGCCACUGAGACUCCUACGACCAAGAGGCUUCCUGAGCCCAUCCUACCCUCUGCACAGACCAAGAUGACCGGGGCCAGUGGGAGGAAGAAAGUCUUCCGGCUGGCAGACGUCAUCCAGCCUCUGUCUGAAGCGCAGAUCGAGCAGUUGACCUCCAAAUCAGUGAAUCGUAUCCUGCAUUCAGAAAAGGCCAUCGCUCAGAGUGGAGUGUCCCAUGUCCGAGUGAAGCUCCUCUCCCGACUCGUGACGCAGUUUGAAGGGAUGAUGAAGGACGAGGUGCUGCAGUUCAUCCUGGACGACAUCAGGACGAGGAGCGACCUGGCGUUCGCUCUCCUCUACCAGGAAUACAACACCUACCUGAGCCAGCUGCCAGCAGGGCUGCUGGACAGCUACGACCACUGUCUGUUCACCCUGCUGUCCGGCCUGCAGGAGAAACCGGAGCAGAGGGACGGUCUUUUCACCAAGCUGGUUCUGGAAGCUCCCAUUAUAACAGAGUCUGCGCUGGAGGUAAUUCGACGUUACUGCGAGGACGAGUCCCGGGUGUAUUUGGGCAUGACGACCCUGAAGGAGCUGAUCGUCAAACGGCCGUCCAGACAGUUCCAGUAUCUGCACGUGUUGCUGGAUCUCAGCUCUCAUGAGAAGGAGAAGGUGCGCAACACUGCCCUGAAUUUCCUGAAGCGGAUGUAUGAGAAAGACCACCUCCGGGACUACAUAGAGAAGUUUGCUCUGAACUACAUGCAGCUGCUGGUCCACCCCAACCCUCCAUCUUUGCUCUUCGGGGCCGACAAAGACACAGAGGUGGCUGCUCCGUGGACCGAAGAGACCGUCAGACAGUGUCUGUUCCUCUAUCUGUCCCUGCUCCCUCUGAACCACCGGCUGGUCCACGAGCUGGCGUCCGUCUACACCGAAGCCAUCGCCGACAUCAAACGCAACGUGCUCCGAGCCAUCGAGCAGCCCAUCCGUGGAAUGGGCAUGAACUCUCCUGAGCUGCUGCUGCUGGUGGAAAACUGCCCUAAAGGGGCAGAAACUCUGGUGACACGCUGCCUGCACAUUCUCACAGAUAAAGUGCCUCCUUCUCCGGAGCUGGUAGAAAGAGUUCGAGAUCUUUACCACAAACGAGUGCCAGACGUCCGUUUCCUCAUCCCCGUCAUAAACGGUUUAGAGAAGAAUGAAGUCAUCCAGGCUCUCCCCAAACUCAUCAAGCUCAACCCCAUCGUGGUGAAGGAGGUGUUCAACCGACUGCUGGGAACUCAGCACAGUGAGGGGAGUUCCUCCGUUUCCCCGCUCACUCCAGGAGACCUGCUCAUCGCCUUACACAACAUCGACUCCACCAAAUGCGAUAUGAAGUCGAUCAUUAAAGCCACCAACCUGUGCUUCGGGGAGAAGAACGUGUACACGUCGGAGGUUCUGGCCGUGGUGAUGCAGCAGCUGAUGGAGCAGAACCCGCUCCCCAUGCUGCUCAUGCGCACCGUCAUCCAGUCCCUCACCAUGUAUCCCCGGCUGGGAGGCUUCGUCAUGAACAUCCUGUCGCGCCUCAUCGUCAAGCAGGUGUGGAAGUAUCCCAAAGUGUGGGAGGGCUUCGUGAAGUGCUGCCAGAGGACCAAGCCUCAGUCGUACAGCGUGCUGCUGCAGCUGCCCCCGGCGCAGCUCAAUAGCGUGUUCGAGCGCUGCCCCGAGAUGAGGGAGCCCCUUCUGCACCACGUGCACUCCUUCACCCCCCAUCAGCAAGCCCACAUACCCUCCUCCAUCAUGGCCGUCCUGGAAGCCAAUAAGAAGCCAGAGCCGAAGCCCGUCGAGCCCGUCAUGGAGAAAGAGAUUGAGAUGGCUCCAGCUGUAUCCACCCCAGAAGAGGCUCCAGCUGUGACCUCCAGUAAGCCAGAGGCCCCCGGCCACGAGGAGCCGGCCGUGCUGAGACCGGCAGAGGAGGAGGAGCCCAUGGAGCAGGAGGAGUCCGAGCCUGUGAUACAGGAGGACGCAGCAGAGAGUCAUCCACAGGAGCCGUCGAAAGAAGCCAAGACGCCGUCGCCGCAGCCAGAGGCAGCAGAGGAGCCGAUGGAGGAGUCGCAGCCCGAAGCGUCAGAGCAGCAGCAGCAGCUUCAAGCUGAAGCCGCAGCUGAAGGGGACGCGACGCCACCUGCAGCAGGAAGCGGCGGUCAAGACGCAGAAUAAAGACGAUCUCAAAAUAAAUGGACAAUUCCCUCCUCUGCAACCUCAAUCCCACAGAUUUCUAAGAUUUCAAACCUCUGUUCUUUUUGUACUUGUAGAAAAUAUUGAAGUUGGAUUUGUUAAUGAAAGCAUUUUGUUUAUGCGGAGGCAAAUUAAAAACGCUGUUUGAACAUGAGCUGAUUCCGCUUGACUGUUAAAAACUCUGUCUUUAUGUGAACACACUGGCGUGAUUGUGACUCAGACUGGAGCUUUUUGAGGGGCUGCAUCAUCGGCCGUUUCUCUUUGUGCUGAACUGAGUUCUUAAUAAGCAUUACGUUAUGUUUGAGGUUGUUUUCCUCGACUGCAGAAUAAAUUUGGAGCCAGUCAGACUUAAAACCUUAAAAUAAACAUGUCUUUAAUGCUGAUUUGAAAAAUAAAUGUAUUUCUGUAGCACCAUUGAAA